UCCAUUUGCAGCGGGUCAACUAUCCUGAUUUCCAGCUAAGUCUCAAAACCGAGCAGAUUGAAGCUGUUUGGUUAAGAUUUACUGCAAGGUUUGCAAAGGGAAAAGUUGUGGCAAGAUUUUAUUUUUAACUUUUGUUACUGAACCACAUUUGGGAAAGUCAUCUGGCUUUUAGGUUCAAAUCGAGAGGAAUAUAAAUCGUGGUAAUCAUAUACCAACAUUGAGGUGAGAAUUAGCGGGUAUGAGCUCAGAGGAGUCAAUGGAUCAGACACCGCCCACUUGCGGUCUGCUGGGCCUUCUGCUGAAGAACAGGCGUCCCACCGGAGCUGUCAACGAGGUCUGGCCCGGUCUCUUCAUUGGGAACGCGGCGACAGCUCGAAAUAAGACGCUGCUACAGAAUCUGGGAAUAACACACGUGGUGAAUGCUGCAGAUGGCCCUCGGCACAGUGACACCCUGCCACGUUUCUACAGAGACACCAACAUUCAGUAUCAUGGAGUAGAGGCAGCAGACUGCAGAGAUUUUGACUUGAGUCCGUUCUUCUCAGAGACUGCUGAUUUCAUUCAAGGAGCUCUGAGUCAGAAAGGUAAAGUACUUGUCCACUGCGCUCGGGGAAUCAGCCGCUCAGGAACUCUCGUGUUAGCCUUCCUCAUGAUCAAAGAAGGUCUUACCCUGGUGGAAGCAGUGGAGCUCGUUUGCAGGAGCAGAAAUAUCCUGCCGAACACUGGGUUUCUGAAUCAGCUCCGUCAGCUGGACUCAGCUUUGCAAAGAAGAAAAAUAACAUUCGGAGGCGGAGAGAACAUGUGAAUGAUGUACUGCUAAAAGGAGUUUCAUUUUCAUGAAUACUUUCUAUAUAUAUAUAUAUAUGUAAAAAUACAAAUCCCUAUGGAAGCCCGUUUAACUUUGUUA